GGAUGGGCGGUCACUGCUCCUUUUCUCCCUAUAAAGGAGGUGAGGACCUGUUGCGCUCAAAUCGCCAAGCUGCAAAAACCUGCGAGCGAUCUCGACGCGGAUUUUCCAGGGACUGUGUUCUGUCGCGGUCUGACUCUCCUUCUCUGGAGCGAUGGAUUUUAAGGAGUUUGGAGAUGAGUCCUCCGAGGGACGCGCUGAGGAUCUGGACAGCGUGAAAGCGCUCACAGAGAAGCUGAAGCUACAGACUCGCAGGCCAUCCUAUCUGGAGUGGCAGGAGCGGGUCCAGAGCCGACCGUGGAAGGAAGGCUGUCCAGCAGACGCUCCUGGCUCUGGGGGACAAGUCGUUUCCAUGCCUGCGAUUUUGCGAAAUGAGAACUCAGAGCUGGUUGUGCGCAACAUCUGUGGCUUUGAUACUAUUGAUGAUGCUUUGGAGUUUCUGAGAAAAGAGCUGAGGGAGAUGCAAGUCCAGGACAACCGUCUGGCCCGUCAGCUGAUCCGUCUGCGAGGGGAGAUCCACCGGCUGAAGGUGGAGCAGGUGUGUGACCGCCAUAAGGAGAUGCUGGACGACGCGACCUACGAGCUGGAGGAGUGCGGAGAGGAAUCAGACCUGCUGUGUGACAUCCCCAUGAAGGCCGCCUUUGCUCUGUCCACCCCUCUGAAACACCUGGGCCUCACCAAGAUGAACAUCAACUCCAGACGCUUCUCACUUUGUUAAAACAGUCAAGAUGACUGUGAAUGUUCCCAUGGCUUCCUCUCUGGUGCUGUGGGCAUAUUAUUGGGGUUAUUUCCUCCUUUGAGGGUGUUUUGGUGACAGACUGAAGAGUGGCUGCCAACUACUGGUGCCAGGGGUGAAAAUGAAAAUAAACUCUUUAGAUGUGCACAGCGGCUUGACAUGCAUGAGGAAGCUUCUGUGUGCAGACCUGUAGGGGCACACACCCUUAAUACCAACACACCUUCCUGCUGGACGGAGCCUGGGCUGCUCCACUAUUGACUGUUCUUUGCACAAUGCAAUGUGCAUCAAAGUAGAUGAAGACUAAGAGCAAGACUGAAAUGUAAUGAUAGCUACGGGAUGGGCAUUAUGUUAUAUAUCUUAUACAAAGGUCAUUUGGAGUUGCAGAAACAAGGUUGCACAUGUGCCAAAAAGGUGGGGGAGGGAGGAGGUCACAAGGUCACAUCAUUAGUAAUUCACAGAUAUAUAAAGUAUAAAGGUGGCACAUCUGGUUCAAUCUGGUCUUAUCAGAUAAAGCAAACGUUAAGUGUUCAGUAUCCUCACAGGAAGUCGGUGGUCUCACUCCUGCAGAUUUAUACCCCUCGUUCCUCACAAACCAAAAAUAUCUCUAUACGCUCACCGCUGCAGUGACAGGACCCAGGAGGCUACAGUAUGUGUGAUACAUUUUGUUUUCCAUUACCACAGUGCACAUGCUGCAGAGCACAGAUUGUAAGCUAUAUAUGGCAGGAUAGUGACGGAGCGGACUGAGGUGCUCAGUGGGCAGUUUAGGCCAUGUUAGAUGGUUUAUUAUAUAAGUAAGAAGAGUAAAAUAUUUUUGUUGUUAUAUUUUACAUAUCUUGUAAUUGUGUUAAAUGUAAAAUCAUUUAUUGACAUUUUUAUCACUGAUAUUGUUAAAUCAUGCCACUGUAAUAUGAAUGUACAUGACAAGUGAGUUUAAAAACAAAAUGCCUUAAAAUGUAAACGGCUAAUUUUUUGCAUAUACAACACAAUAUUAAAGAGAGUUUACUAUGCC